UCGGUGUUCUUGUCCCCCUUAAACCCUGAACCCCAAAACCCUCCUCUCCUCUCGACUCCUCUGUUCUCUCAACUCAGAAAAAUGGCUGCUUUCUCUUCCAUCAUUCGCAAAUCGAACUCGUCCUUGGCUCCACUAGCUUUUCGCGUGGUUCGGGGCCAAAAGACAAAUUACUCUUCUUUCGCUUUCGCCGCCAUAAAAAACCAAGCCAGUAUCUCCCACAACAGGCGCUCUCUCGUUUCUCUGCUUCCGACUUUCCGCUUCUACUCUUCCGAGUCGAAGAAGCCCAGCUCCGACGAAUCUCUUCUCCGAGUCAUCGAGUCGGAGAUCCAGUGCGCCGUUGAAACCGACGAGCACGAGCGGGUGGAAGAAGUUCCAAAUGGUUUCCCUUUUGAAAUCCAAGAUAAUCCUGGAGUUCAGACCGUAACCCUGACAAGAACAUAUCAAGGUGAAGACAUACAAGUUGAAGUUCAUAUGCCUGAUCUAGUUAGUGGCGAGACAAACGAAGAUCACGAUGAAGAUGAGCAUAUCGAGCAAGCUACACAGUCUAGCAUCCCGCUACUUGUCAAUGUCUCUAAGAAGGGUGGACCGUCCUUGGAGUUUACCUGCACUGCCUACCCGGAUGAAAUUGUAAUCGACAGCCUAGCAGUCAAACAUCCAGAAAACGAAGACGAGCUUGCCUACUCGGGGCCUGACUUCCAUGAUUUGGAUGAGAAUCUGCAGAAGUCUUUCCACAAGUACUUGGAGAUCAGAGGUAUCAAGCCAAGCACAACGAAUUUCUUGCACGAGUACAUGAUCAACAAAGACAGUAAAGAGUACUUGCUGUGGCUAAAGAAAGUUAAGAAUUUCAUCGAAGCAUGAAAUUUUUCCUAAUUUUUUGGCGGAAGAAAUAAGUAAAGUAGUUGUUAAUUCAAAAGUAAUGAUGAGAUAUUCAAAUUGUUACUUUUUUGAAUAUUUUAGAUUUUAUAAGUGGAUGCUUAGUUGAAAUGUUAGAAGAUUGUGGUUUUUUUGUAUGCAAGCUUCAAUUGAGGCUUUUUACUGAACGCAACAGGCCAAAAGUUCUUUUCUCGCCAUUGUGUGUAUCUGUGGAUUCUGUGGAAUUUGAUGGUGACCAAU